AUGAAUUUACACGGAUUACGAAUUCUGGAUUUUAAAACGUCUCACUCUAAAACGGUAGGAGAUGGUGCAUUAAGAAAAGAACCAAAUGUUCUUGUGUGUGAAAAUGAAGAAAACCAAAAGAUCGACAAUAAGGAAACGUCUGAUCUUCGAGAAGCAGAUGACCAGAAUGUCAGUCAUAAAACACAUAAAACUGCAUCAAGAAAAUAUAGUUUUCUGCAACGUCGAACCAGCAGUGAAAUUUUCAAGAACCCAUUACAAACAAAAGUGAAAGACCAAUCUCCUAAGAACAAUAGCUGUGAAGAUCUAAAAGUGAAAUUUAAAAACGAUAAAGUUAAUCAGCACAGCCGAUUUAAUUUUUUUAACAAAGACUCUAUUUUGAACUUACAUUUAAAAGGAGGUGAUAUAAGAAGGAAUAAAAAGAGAAACAAACAAGAAUACGACACUACGGUUUUAUUCGAUAGUGUGUCACGAAAUAAAACAAGUACCAAAAAGCCAGUGAAGAAUGAGGGCAUGAAGCAGAGGAAAAAAAAUAAGUUACUUGAUGACACUUUUGGUUUUCUAAAAAACAAACGCUCUAUCACAUCUUGCUAUCGUCAAAACAAUAAAUUUAUGAAUUUAGACCAGUGCCUAGUUGGUUUAAAACAAUUUAAAAAAAGAAAAGUAAACAACACCCGAGUACCGUCGGUGUUUGGUGGCCGAUCACGCCAUAAGAACAAAGUUACCAAACAGUGUACUUGUGUACAUAAUCCAUUAAAAAUUCUAAGUUACGAAUCUUCUGGCUAUUCUAAUAUAGUUACACCGAAUGUACAUAUUUCUGACGGUAAUUUGGGGGGCAAAGGGGCUCAGGAAUUUAAAACUGGACCUGGAUAUAAAGCUCCAGAUAAUAAAACCCCUUCUAGAAAUCAAAAAUUUCCCAAAGUCAAAUCUGCCUUCAGGAAUAAAGCAGCUAAAAAAAAAGGAUCUGCUGCAGAAUGUAAAUGCCCUCCAAGCAAUUACUGGGAAAAACAAUUGGAAUCGAAAAUUCAAAUGAAGAAAGAUGCAUUUGUUUCCGUAUCAUCUGCAUCCUUAGAACCUAAAAUAUAUUGUGGCUGUGAUGCAGCUGUUGCCACCGAUAAAAGCAAGUUAACUACUCGCAAGCGAAGCAAGACAGACUAUAAGUGUUGCCAAAUGAAAAGAAACACUCCACGGGUAGUGGCAGACAGUUGUGAACCAGACGAAAACCCUCAAUCGCAUAACUUUAACACAAUUAAAAAAGGAAGACUUGAAGAACUUGUGAAAGAAGAACGUAAUACAUUUUUCACAGAUUUUAUAAACGAUAUGGUAGACUUUCGCGUUGGUCAAACGAAACAUAGAUUUCCAGUACAGUGCAUGAAAUAUAUAUGUCUCGGCUUACUUGUUAUUGUGUGGUCUCCAUGCCUCUUGGCAUUAUUUCUGGGACGAGUAAUAAUGUGUCCUCAGAGAAUAUCAUGUUCACUAGGGGGGCCACAAUUAAUGAAACAAAUGCAAACGAAUUCAAAUUGUACAUGGAACGGUAAAAAUAAAAGAUCACUAAAUGAAAUUCAUCGGAAAGAAAUCCCUAUGAAUACUCCGGUUAACUACGUUAAAUGUUUGCCAGCUGCAUGUAUAAAAGCAAAUCUACCUACUCAUAGUGCAGCAAAAAUAUUUAAAAAAUUUCAAGACAAAUCUCUUCCAACUGAAUGCCAGCAAAAAAAAAUGCAUGCACAUUCAUUGUCAAAAGCUAAAAGAAAAUGUUUAGUCACUAGAGAUGAGCGUCCCCAAGAGUCAUCAAAUAUUUUAAUGAAUUACCUUAGAAAUAGGUUUCCUACAUCUGAAUGUCCACGAUCCCAGAAAUCAAACCAAAGGCAGAAGAAGUUUAUGUCCUCAGUUGCAAGUUGGUGUACACGUACAGUCGCCUCUUUUAGUAAUGUAGUAUCGGUAGUAAAACUGAUUGGAUUCAGACUACCAACUGGUACCCGCACUUCAUUUAUACCCUCAUUAAAUACAACUCAAAGGAACAGAUGUAGUCUAUAUUAUGGCAAUGGUAGAGGAUGGAUAGUGAAGCCGCAAGUCAUCCAAAAUAUGCGAUGUGAAUAUUCAUCAGAUCUACGUUUGUCUUCUUCAUCAAAAGACUGUAUUUUAAAACCAAAAUCUAAAAUAUCAUUUUCGGAGCAACCAGACUGUCCAAGUGACUGUGUCUAUAAUCGUACUCGUACUUCUAAAGUAGACCCGGAUUCACAUUUUUCGACUGUCCUGUUUGGGAAUUAUAAAACUACAAAUCAACAGUUGCCGGCGUGUUCUACAUCACACUUUCAAGCGAAAAUAUUAAGCGAAAACCCAGACAAGCGCCGCUCAUCACCCUCUUUUUCUAAGCUAUUAUAUCACGAUCCUAUUUCUUUACCUGACUGUGGUGAUAUAACGCCUAAGAACGUAUGCAAUAGCAGUAAUUUGAUGCUUUCAGCGCAGAAUACCAGUAAAAUAUCAAAAACUCCAACACCCUGUGGUUCGCAAUGUAUAAAAGGGCCUGUAAAAUGUAAAUGUCCCAAAAAGAAAAAACCGAAAUGUAGUAAAACGUGUAUUAAACGGCAAAAAAGAAUAAAGCGCUUAAGAAAGAAAUCGUGUAAAAAGCUGCGUAAACAAAAGAAGAAAGAAUACAAAAAAAAAAUGAAAGCACAACGAAAGAAAGAAAAAAGAUGCAUUGCACGGAGGAAAAAAUGUUUAAAGGCAAAGAAAAGAAAGAGAAAGCUACUUUUAAAGAAGAAGAGAAAAGAAGAAAAAAUGAGACGAAAAAAAGCAAAAUUAAUGGCGAAAAGAAAACUAACUUGCGCAAAGAAACGAAAAUUGGCGAAGAAAGAAAGAAAGAAAAGUAUGAAAGAACAUAAAGCGACUUCUAAAACUGUUCUUUAUGCGAGAAACUUGAAACUAAGGAAUAUAGCUUCAAUUAAUAAAAUGCAGGCAGACGAAAAACGAACAAAAUCAACAAUUGACCUGGCUUCACUCGAACCCAACGCUAGAGUAAAACAAUUGGCAACUUAUGGGGCUAUGGUGGAUGUAGAUGCGAAUGUUCCACCUAGAAGAUACUACAGGUCAGGCCUAGAAAUGGUUAGAAUGGCAAAUGUAUACCUGGCAGAAGGAAGUCUAGAGAACGCAUAUAUAUUGUACAUGAAGUUUAUGACAUUAUUCUUGGAGAAGAUCCGCAAGCAUCCUGAGUAUGCUUCAGUCCCGGCACAAGUCAAAGCAGUUAAUCAAGCAAAGUUAAAAGAAGUUAUGCCAAAAGCUGAGAAACUGAAACAAAAGUUGUUGGACCAGUAUGCUAAGGAACACAUUGUUUAUAAAGAGCAUGAGGAAAAGAGACAGAAAGCAGAAGAGGAAAGAAGAAAGCAAGAAAGGGAUGACGCAAAAUUAGCUCAACUUCUGCAGGCUGAUGAGAACAAGGGUAAAGAUGGUGCUACUGGACCACACCUAUUACAUACUGAUCAAUGGGCAGUGACACCAUCUGCUCCGGCGGUUGAUGGUGUGCUUUAUCCGGAUGAUUUUGCAGCUGAAACUCCCCGGGCGCCCGCGCAUUUCUACGAACCAGUUCCACCGCUUAUCCUGCCAUCGAGACCACAACUUGCAAACGAGAGUGUGGAUUCUUUAUAUGGUGGUCAGCUGCGCCUGCGCACGGUUUUGGUUCCUUCAGCCCUGUUGACGAAGUUCCUGCGACUUGCGGCCAACAACACCGCGAGGAGUAUUGAAACGUGCGGAAUUCUUGCCGGCAUAUUGGAACGAAAUCAGUUGAAAAUUACUCAUGUAGUGGUACCCAAGCAAACGGGCACAUCGGACUCGUGUAGUACAAACAACGAAGAGGAAAUAUUCCAUUACCAAGAUCAACAUAACCUUAUCACACUUGGGUGGAUUCACACUCAUCCAACACAGACAGCUUUCUUGUCGUCAGUGGAUUUGCACACGCAGUGCUCGUAUCAGCUGAUGAUGCCUGAAGCCAUCGCUAUUGUCUGCGCACCAAAAUACAAUGAAACUGGCUACUUUUCAUUAACACCAGAUUAUGGGAUGCAGUUCAUCACGAACUGCCGACAGUCUGGCUUCCAUCCACAUCCUAACGACCCUCCACUGUUCCAUACUUGCCAACACAUACGCGUGGACGAUGUGGCGCCAGUAGAGGUGGUAGACCUUAGAAACAGAUGA